AUGUCCAUGAACGUGAUCAGCUCCGACAUCAACACGAUCGGCGCGGAGAUGAAGUGGUUGGAGGACAAGCCAAACACCAUGCUGAGAGGCAGGUUGGCGUUCAGCGGCAGGAUGGGAGACCCGCUGACGGUCCAGGAGUUGCUCACGAUGGCGCAGGAGAGACAUGGUCCGUUCGUCCUCAUUGACCGCGAUCGUCAGUGCCAGUCGAGGAAACUGCCGGAAAAGAGCCUCGAACAAUUAACUGAGGCCGGACGGUGUUUGAUGCGUCCAUAG